UGAACAAUUGCUUUCCUUUCGAGUCACUGUGGAAACUUAGGAGCUAAAAUAGUUCCGUCAAAAGCCAACUCAGAAUUUAUCCAGGUGAGUUAACUAACUAGUUCUGAAUUUUCGGGUGAGUCAUGCUGCAGAGUCAUUCCUUGGAGUGAUGACAAGAUACACUAGCUUCAUGACCUCAUUGAGCAAAAGUUUCUUACCCAGCCGCGAUGCUUUUUCGAGGGUCCUGGCUCAUUAUAGGCCUGCCUUUUGUCCUCAUCCAUGUGUUGUGUGUUGAUGCUACGACCGAUAUUCAGCCUAUCGCGAUUGAUUUUGGCUAUGAAGUAGUAACGGCCGUGUAUGCCCACAGCACUGACAACUUUACCGAAAUAGCGCUGCUCCCCUUCCCCAGGGAUGAGCCAUAUAAUCGUAACCUGUUCCGGCUACGGACGGAAUUCCUCCAGACGGACCCCUUCCAUACCAUGCUCCGUUCGAAGAAACCCCGGACAAAGUACACGGCCGCUGUACAGUCCGUCGUGCAGAGGGUUUCUUGGUACCUCCCAUUCCUGGAGAACCCCACGAUCCAAAAUGCCUGGGUAGUUCGCCGAGCUGUAACCGGCGCCCAGUUUGUCUGGGCCGUUGCUAUGGACAUCAUUGAUCCCCGGCUCGAGCCCAAGCUGGAAAGUCUAACCCUGGAAAACGUCACGGCCGUCUUCGAAGAGACCAUUCAUCAGGUCAAAGCGAUUGCCUUGGAGAAGCAUGGUAUUGAAGUGGGUUAUGCUUUCUUCUCGGUGCCGGAAUUUUUCAACAAGACCCUUGUGAAUGCGGUAGCUGAUGCAGGCUGGCGCGCCGGGGUCCACACCUAUAACACCGCGAGCUCGAGAACCGUAAUGGCGACGACUGCACAUACCUCUGAUCCGAAAAUUAACGCGGAUGUACGCUAUUUUGUGAUUGACCAGGGGUGGUUUCAUUGCGAUUUUCGAACUACUUACCAGGGUGCUGAUGACCGCGCGGGCAACGGAAUCAAGGAGCAUUACCUGCCAAUCGACAUGUUUUCAAGCUUUCAUAUCGACCAAGCCUUGACAGAUCAGUUGGUUGAGAGUUCAAAGGCACUGCAGCUGCAGGUAGCCCUCGGAAAGAGAAAAACGAACCUUUGGGGAACGGUCAAGUCCGCUCGAUUGCAAAUCCGGAACAAUUUGGAAGUCGAAUUCUUGGGCGAGAAGGUUGAUGGGGGCCGUCAUUUCGACGAAUAUCCACUUGACUUGAAAGGCUCGGGGUUUGACAGUAUUGACGGUCUGCUUUUGACCUGGGAUGCUGUGCAGGCUGCUGAGAAGCGUUUCGUUGAUAGUCUUGCCCGUCACAUUGCGGACUAUCUGAUUCUCAUGAGAAAAAGCCGCGACUACAAAGCGCUCGAGGAUGACCCAACCCUCGAGAGGGUUGACAAGGUGGUCAUCUUGACGGACUGCAUGGAUGGACAGUUAGUCAAGCGGGCUGUUCAGCAGGCUCUGGGGAACGACAUUGAAAUCAUUGGGGGUUCAAUACACGAUAUAUUUCUAUCUGCUUACGGUGCGGCUCGUCGUGCAUUGUUGUUGAAAAACAGCCAGACUAGCACCAAGCCAAAGAGGAAGUCAGAACACAGUGAGCUUUAGCCCGGAUAUCUUUUGAACUACUAGGAACUUGGAAUUACUGUGCUCAGGAGUUUACAACACUACCUAGGUACAAUUCAAGCGGUCUCCGCACUUCACGACUCAAUCUAAACUAUAGGAUCAACACUACUGUUGAUUCUCUCCUAUCAAGCUGUCCAUCUCAUCAUCAACAUCUCUCCUGGGCAGUUUUAAAAGAGCCGCAAUGUCUGCCU